CAGACAAACAGAAAGGACCAAACUUCAGUUUCACCGGACCUGGUGCUCCAGCAGGAUCCUCUGGCACCAUGUCUCAAUCCAUCUUUCCAUCAUUGCUGCAGUUAGCUCUGCUUUUUCUUCAGAUGCUGUGUGUAAAGGUUGAGGGGUCAGCACUGGUUCCCAGUGAACUUGCUCCAGUUCCUUGCAACGACAAAGCUGUGGAGAAGCUGUCUCGUCUGGCUCUCACCUACGUCAACGAGGAUCGCGCGAAUGGCUAUAAGUUUGCCCUAAAUCGCAUUGCCAAUGUCCACCUCCAUGCUCAGGGCCCAGCAGGUAACGUGUAUUACCUUGACCUGGAUGUCCUGGAAACCAAGUGUUACAUCGGUAGUCCAAAACCAUGGAAACGCUGUGAUGUUAGACCAUUCAUGGAAACGCAAAUCUCCGGUAACUGCAACACCACCAUCCUCCACACAUCGGAAGGUUACUCCUACCUGUACAGUUACGACUGCACGCUUGUGCCAGACCCCGCAGAAAAGCUGCAACAGACAUGUCCGACCUGCCCCGUCCUACUUCCUGUUGACAGCCAACAAGCUGUGCUGGCUGUUCAGCUGGCGCUGGCCUCCUAUAAGAGUCAGUCCACUCUGGCCGCUGGCCUCGGAGUCAAGCGGAUCACCAGAGCUGCCGAACAAACAAUGCCGGUGAAAGCGCGAUUUGUGGAAUUUACAGUCCACGAAUGUCCGGAGGGAGUGAGAGAAAAAGGCAACUGCCAGCGGUUGACUCCUGCUUCAGACACUGAGGUUUGCAACGAGUCCGCAAAUAUUUUAGAAAUACUGCAGGCUUUUGUACAGCAUCGAUACAUGGAGACAUGCAUGCUCAUCCAGACAUUCAAGUGUCCUGCCAGAUGUUCAAAACACAGAACGUGGACGUCCUUCGCCCACUCCAGCCACAAGGUCACGACCUCCCCUUCCAGCCUGACAUCCCAACGCUACCUCCAUCCCAUCACCCAGGAAAAGAACAGCAGCCUGCUCAUUUGGACCCCACACCGCUCCCUGAUCCAUUUGAGCCCACAUGGCUCCCUGAUCCUCAACCUGCACCAUUUGAGCCCACAUUGCUCCCUGAUCCUCAACCUGCACCAUUUGAGCCCACACACAUUCUCCCCAGUCCUUCAAGGAAUCCUCCAAUCACCUUCAGCUCAUCUUCCAGUGAAUCUGACGAAGAUCUCUCAUCCUCUGAGGAGCUAGGAGGCAUUGUGGCUUUACGCCCACCACUGGACUUUCACUACAAGAGGCAGGACCGCAAGAGACGGCAGGCCUUGACGGAAGGUUCACCAUCCCACAAACCAACAUUCCUGUCUGACUUCCCAAGUGGACCAUCGCCUUUCCGUUCUUGCCCUGGUCCUGCACGAUACACCACAGUUUAGAAGGCCCUUUGUCUGUGUGCUGUGUAUUUGGUCAAGGAUGGCUGACAGAGUAAAUACUCGGCUCUGUGACGUGACUUAGCCAAACUAAAUUCAAAUGCAAGGAGAUUUGGGUGGUUGGAAUUUGAAGUCGGUGAGCAAUUAAAGUUUGAACUCUGACUUUUGGCACCAGCGCGUUGGAAAA